UUCGUUUCGAAAUAUUUGCCGAGUUCGCAGUCUCAGUCUCGGCCAAACAAGGAGAUGGAAAGAGGAAGUAAACGAAAGAGGGAGGCGAAAAUAUAGCUGAAACCGAACACUCCCCUUCCACUCUGCUCGUCACCAAUCUGCCAUACUCUUUCACUAAUUCUCAGGGUUAACUGAGCACCGUGGUUUUGGUUUUGUUCAAUUGUACUCUUGCAUUGUUUGAAGCCUUGCACCUUUAGCAUGUAUUAUGAGCUGAAGAAUGGCUCAUCAGUUGGAAGUCAGAAAAAAUGCUGUCAAGCAUGCCAUGCGUAGAGCUCCCCUUCAACAGAGAAGAUCAAAGGCAGAUCAAGAGGAACAUGUGGAAGCCAGAAAAGCAACUGCACUUUCGAAUGCUCUGUCCGUUUAAGGGGUUAGUCAGAAAAGCAGAGGUAUUGAUUGUGCAAGAUGGAUGUAAAAUGGCUGUCCUUUAUACCGGUGUUAAAUCAUCAGCACGUGCUUCAGUUGCAAUGUUGCAACUUGCACCGGAAAGAGAUAAAGGGGCGAAUUGUCUGGGCACGCCAGCUGGGUGGGGAGGUAAGUAUAUGCAAGAUAGCUUGUUAUAGUUUCGAAGUUGUUCGGAUAAUCCAAAUUCCAGAUAGCUGUGUUAUGAUGACAAACAGCUUGCAAGUUAAAAGGAACAGGGAAUUCGAGGAAGGAAUCUGUCUUAGGUCACAAAAAACAAUCAUUCAGAGCGUGUUGGUUGAAAUCAUAAGCUACAUGCCACCGCCAUCAUUUCCCGUCGGAUCAAGUAAUAUCUCCUCUCGUCUCUUUCCCUUCUUGAUGUUGACCGUUUUCUUUUCUAUCUGGAGCAGUGUCACCUAUGAUAGAAAGGCGCUUGUCAUUAAUGGGCAGAGGAGAAUUCUCUUUUCCGGUUCUAUACACUACCCCAGAAGCACCCCUCAGAUGUGGGGAAGUCUAAUACAGAAAGCCAAAGAUGGUGGCUUGGAUGCUAUAGAUACCUAUGUGUUUUGGAAUGUUCACGAACCUUCUCCUGGCAUGUAUAAUUUUGAGGGGAGAUAUGAUUUGGUUCGGUUCAUCAAGAUGAUCCAGAAAGCUGGGCUAUACGUGCAUCUUCGCAUUGGGCCUUAUGUUUGUGCAGAGUGGAAUUUUGGGGGGUUUCCUGUUUGGUUGAAGUAUGUUCCAGGCAUUAGCUUUAGAACAGAUAACGAGCCUUUCAUGUUGGCAACGCAAAAAUUUACCCAGAAAAUUGUUAACAUGAUGAAGAAUGAAAAUCUGUUCGAGUCUCAAGGUGGUCCCAUCAUCCUCUCUCAGAUUGAGAAUGAAUAUGAACGUGUAAGCAAAGCAUUCGGAGCUGCCGGUCAUGAAUACGUGACUUGGGCUGCAAAGAUGGCUGUUGGAAUGGAUACUGGGGUCCCGUGGGUAAUGUGCAAGGAAGCUGAUGCCCCGGAUCCAGUGAUAAACACGUGCAAUGGUUUCUAUUGUGACUACUUUUCUCCAAACAAACCUUACAAACCCACACUAUGGACUGAGACCUGGAGUGGCUGGUUUACAAAAUUUGGUGGCCCAAUUCACCAUCGACCAGUCCAAGAUUUGGCAUUUGCUGUUGCUCGGUUCAUUCAGAAGGGGGGCUCCUUUGUAAAUUAUUACAUGUACCAUGGAGGAACAAACUUUGGAAGAACUGCUGGAGGCCCUUUCAUUACUACCAGCUAUGACUAUGAUGCUCCGAUUGAUGAAUAUGGCUUGAUCAGGCAGCCCAAGUAUGGCCAUCUGAAGGACCUCCACAAGGCUAUUAAGUUAUGUGAGCGAGCUUUGCUAACUGCUGAUCCUACCAUCACGUCCUUGGGAAAUUAUGAAAAGGCACAUGUAUUCUCUUCCGAGUCAGGAGACUGUGCAGCUUUUCUCUCAAAUUAUAAUCCAAAGUCAGCUGCAAGAGUGACUUUCAAUAGCAAGCAUUACAAGCUGCCACCCUGGUCCAUAAGCAUCCUUCCUGAUUGCAAAAAUGCUGUCUUCAACACUGCCAAAGUCAGAGUUCAGACAUCCCAAAUGCAAAUGUUGCCCACUAAUGUUGAGCUUCUUUCAUGGGAUACAUUUCAUGAAGACAUAUCUUCAGCUGAUGAUGGUUCAACAAUCAGUGUAUUUGGUCUCUUGGAGCAGUUGAACGUCACCAGAGAUACCAGUGACUAUCUCUGGUACACAACCAGUGUUGAUAUCAGUUCAUCAGAAUCGUUUCUGCAUCAAGGCCAACUUCCAACUCUUACUGUGCAGUCAACUGGCCAUGCCAUGCAUUUAUUCAUUAAUGGGCAUCUUGCAGGCUCGGCCUUUGGGACUCAGGAGAGCUUGAGAUUUACUUUUACAGGGAAUGUUGAUCUGAGACCAGGAAGUAACAAAAUUUCACUACUCAGUAUAGCUGUUGGACUGCCAAACAAUGGUCCACAUUUUGAGAUGAGGAAAACGGGAAUCCUUGGACCAGUUGUCAUACAUGGGUUAGACCAGGGAAAAAGGGACUUGUCCCAGCAUAAAUGGUCAUACAAGGUUGGGCUUAAGGGAGAAGCCAUGAAUUUAGGUUCUCCCAACUCAAUCUCAUCAGUUGAUUGGAUGCAAGGGUUCUUAGCGGCAGAGAAACAAAAGCCUCUGACAUGGUAUAAGACCCAUUUUGACACACCGGAAGGAGAGGAGGCCUUGGCUUUGGACAUGAGUAGCAUGGGGAAGGGUCAAGUGUGGAUCAAUGGGGAGAGCAUUGGUAGAUAUUGGAAUGUCUAUGCUAAUGGUAAUUGCAAUGGAUGCAGUUAUUCUGACACAUUCCGGCCUAUAAAGUGUCAAUUCGGUUGUGGCAAUCCAACUCAAAAAUGGUACCAUGUUCCUCGGUCAUGGUUGAAGCCAACUAAAAAUCUUUUGGUAGUUUUUGAGGAAAUUGGUGGGGAUGCUUCCAGAAUUGCACUCGUAAAAAGAUCGGUUAAAAGUAUCUGUGCUGAGGUAUCUGAUUAUCACCCAAACAUUGAGAAUUGGCAUACCGAGAGAGAUGGAAAAUCUGAGGUUCUAGACAUUCCAAAGGUUAGCCUACAUUGUGGACGUGGGCAAUUCAUUUCUGCAAUUAAAUUUGCAAGUUUUGGAACUCCAUCUGGGACUUGUGGGAGUUUUGAGCAUGGGAGCUGUCACGCCCCAAGCUCUCUGGCUAUCUUUGAGAAGAAAUGCGUAGGUCAGCAGGAAUGCUUGGUGACUGUAUCAAACAGUAACUUUGGUGCAGACCCAUGUCCAAACAUAUCAAAAACAUUAUUGGUGGAAGCUGUUUGUGCCCCUGCUGCGGAUGCUACAACUACCAGACCCAAUUAGAGGUUUUGAGAACAAUAAAAGAAAUUGUAACUCCAUACCUAAAUUGGAACCAUUUAAUUCAUUUCAAAGUGUAUCGGAAAUGGAGUCUAACGAACAAGUAUGGGGAACUGAGUUAUAGUUAGGAUUGUGAAAGUGUCACGUUUAUAUGUAUUGCAAAUUGAAGUAAGGUGUAGGUUAGGUUUAUAAAGCUGGAGGUGCUUUCAUACAAUUUUAAUCCAAAAUAAAGAAGCUUCUCGAUCAUAAUG